AUGCCUGACAAAACAGAUAAUCAGGAAAUCGAAAAUGCCGUCGGCGUCGGUAUCCACGAUGAAGUCCCGCAGAAAAACCACACGAACUAUAACUUGGUCGACAAGGAGGUUGCCAAGUACGCCACCGAUACGGCGAUCGAGAUCGAUGAAGCCACAAAUAAGCGCCUGAAGAAAAUGAUCGAUAAGCGGAUUCUGGUCGUGAUGAUGAUUACGUAUUUGAUCCAGACAAUCGAUAAGGGGGCGUUGUCAUUUGCGUCGAUUAUGGGAAUAAUGGAGGAUGCUCAUUUAGGGGACAACCAGCAGUAUCAAUGGCUGACAACCGUUGUUUAUCUUGUUAUCCUCUGCGUCGAAUACCCGGAAAACUGGAUCAUCCAGCGUGUGCCUAUUGCCAAAUGGCUGUCCCUCAAUAUAUUCCUGUGGGGAGUCUGCAUUGCGCUUAUCUCAGCGAUGAGAAACUUCACCGGCCUGGUCAUCCUGCGUGCUUUCAUGGGUGCCUUCGAAGCCGCAUGCCAGCCGACCUUUGUAAUUCUCAGCUCAACCUGGUAUAAGCGUGAGGAGCAAGGAAGCAUCAUCAACCUUUGGUACAUGAUGAAUGGCAUUCAAAAUAUUGUCGGAGGUCUUUUAGCCUUCGGAUUCUCCUUUAUACCGUCUACCUCACCAGUCAAGUCCUGGGAAGGCCUCUUUAUGAUGUACGGUAUCCUGACCGUGAUUUGGGCGGUUUUCGUGUACUGCUGGAUGCCUGACUCGCCUAUGCGCGCAAAGUGCUGGACAGAGGAAGACAAGCAGUUGAUGGUUGAGCGUGUCCGACAGAACCAGACCGGUCUGCAGAACCGGAACUUUAGGAAGGAACAAGUCUGGGAUGCAAUCACAGACCCUCAGCUAUACGCAUUUGCGCUCAUACAGAUCUUGACAUCGAUCCCCAGCGGCGGAAUUGGCGCCUACGCAAAUAUCAUCAUCAACUCGUUCGGCUACAGUACUUGGGAGAGCCAACUUCUGACCAUGGUAGUCGGCGCCGUCACUGCGCUCACGAUGAUCAUCUCAGCCUACCUUGAUCGAUCAUUCGGACAUACGAUAUUCAUCAUGAUCGGAUCUGUUGUUCCCUCCAUCAUCGGCACGUCGAUCCUUAUCGGAAUUCCCUUCUCUGCUGAUAAACGGGUCGGGAUGUUGAUUGCAUACUGGAUCUUCUACUCCUUCUUUGCAGUUUCGUCCCUCUCACUGGCUCUUCUGUCUCGGAAUGUCGCUGGUCAAACCAAAAAGACGAUCGUCAUUGCGUCGAACUUUGUGUUCUGGGCAGCUGGUAACUCUAUCGGGCCGCAGGUCUUUCGCGAUAAGGAUGCACCUCGGUAUUACCUUGCUUUCUCGAUUCUCCUGGGUUGUUUUGUUCUUGUUGUGAUUACUUUGACUCUGCUACGACUGUGGUACUCGAUCCAGAACCGCAAGCGUGAUGCCAAGAUUGCUUCGGGGGAGGUUGUCCCUGACGUCAACUUCACGCAUGGAUUUGAGGAUAUCACUGAUCGGGAGAAUCCGCAUUUCAGAUAUUCUUACUAG